CAAAAUCGAGAGAGACAGUGUUAGGUAGCGGAGAGAGCACAACAGCCGCAGCUCCGCUUGCCGCCGCAUUCUCGAGCGUUCGUUUCUAAUGUACGGAUGGGCGGGCGUACGUCCUGUUGCAGAUACUCGGCGCGCAUAUCCGUAGUGGUAAUUUCGCAUGAUUUGCCUUUGUGUUUGAAUCGCGAGUCAAAGAGAAAAGAAUAAUACAAUAAUAUAUACGCGACGACGCGAUUUCGCGUGCGCGAUAUCGCGCUGUGGUGCCCCGUUUUUUUUUUUCUGUUCGGCUUCGGUGUACGUGCGGCGGAACAGUGACAAAAUCGCAUAUAUAGAUCGCACAUCUAUACACGCGGUGAUUCUUUCUGAGAAGUGACUCGUACGUAUUCCCGCCAUCGUUUCUCCGCGCGUCGGACGAUCAUUUUGGAUCGGUUGGGCUCGUCGAAGAGAAGCGCAACGACGCACGAAUCGGCGAGUCGUGUAGUAAACGUUGGACGUCGUUUCUGCGGAUUGUGCUUCUCGCGGCUCAUGUGGCCGCGAGCCGAGACGACGGAGUGCGUGCGAGACGAAGGGAGGAGGCAGUUAAAGUUGUCGUCGUCGUUAUUUCGAGCGGUUAGUCUUCGUCGGACGAACAGUGUGGCAGAGGCGCGCGGUCGAAAUCGAUCUUCGCGUCGCAGCGCAGAGUGAAUUUCCGAGAACAGAGCGUGAAAGAACGCGUGCGGAGUGCGCAUAGUGCGCGUUGUGGCGGAGUAAUAUACGGGCGCGAGAGGUCGUGUUAACGAAAAGGAGCGAAAGAGUGUGUGUGUGAGAGAAAGAGAGAGAACAAGGUGUCUGGGCGACCGUUAAACAAGGAGGAAUUGCACACACACAUACACACACACACACGUAAAACUCACGACUAUAUUGUUGUAUAACAGAUAAGAGAACACAAGAGAGAGAGAGAGAGAGAUAGAUACGCACUGUACGUGUGCACGAAACAAAUAGUGGAUGUGAAGUGAUAAGACAACGGCGCGGAGCAACGCAGAGGACGACUACUACCGCCACCGGCAGGAAUUCCUCGUGGUUGACGCUACGUUUCCCGGUGGCGAGAUGAUGACCAAGCGGAUGCAAUGCUAUUUGUGCGAUCUGCCCAGAAUGCCGUGGGCGAUGGUGACGGAGUUCUCGGAACCCGUGUGCCGCGGCUGUGUCAACUACGAGGGCGCCGACCGCAUCGAUCAGGUAAUCGAGGGCGUCAAGCAGAUGAAGAAGGCGCACGCAUACCAAGAUCAACGGUCAUCCGCCUCGAAAACUUAUCGUACUGCGGCCGGUCACACUGAGCACAACGGCGGCACCAACCUCGACGUGUUGCCGAUACAGAACACCGGCCAGAGCCACUCGCGUCAUCACAGUAUCGGUGGUUAUUCCCAGCUCCAUCACCGUAACUCCAUCACGGACUUUACUUCUGGUGCGGUGGCGGCGACCGCCAGGCAGGUCGGUCGGCAACACGGCGAAGAAGGCCACGAGAUGGCGAACGGCAUGCGAAGCAACAAUGUGCGUCUGCCCAACGCCCAUCUGGCCGCAGUGGCGCAUCAUGUGAACCUUACUGCACCGCACAAUCGCGGUAUUACGCAGCUCAAACGCGGCAUCUCGGCGAUCGAUGAGGACGAGCACAACGAGAAACGACUCUCGCUUGAGGAACAGCAUCCGGUCAGGCCGCCGCUCACGCGCGGCGAUUCUCUGCCAGCCGUCAGCCUCGCGGUCAGCUACGUGCAGGACAGGAACAAGGAGAAGCAUCCAGUGAGAGCGCCCAGUUUCGAAACUGCGACCACCUUCAAGGCCAACGGAGCAUAUGUCGGACCGUCCAUACCAUUGGCACCGACCAACGUUGCGGCAAAUGGUGGAGGAUCACCUCUUCGUCCAAGAACGAGUCCUCCACCACCUCCACCGCCGACUCAGGAAAGCGCCAAUGACAAUUCACAGUCGAAUCAUCAUCAGGGUUCGGCAAAUGGUCCGUCACCGAUGGCCGCCCUGAUGUCAGUAGCUGAUAAUCUGACAUCACCGGAACCUGUGCCACAGCCGCCGAACAAUCCUAGCCCUACUAGCAGAAGUCCGCCGACUACGGCCACAAGUGCUCAGCAACGCAGUGCUUCUAGAGGUUCUCAACACAGUCCGAAUAGUUCAGGUUCGUCGGGCAGACGAUCUAGUAGCUCAAGGCAGGUGUCAUCAACGACUGUGACAACAUCGUCUGAAGGUGCGGUUGCACAAGGUGCGGCUGCUGGUGCUGAACCGGUCUCUGCGCCUACUCUAAAGUGUACGCUAUGCCAGGAACGUUUAGAAGACACGCAUUUCGUUCAGUGUCCCAGUGUACCGCAUCACAAAUUCUGUUUCCCGUGCAGCCGGGACAGUAUAAAGAGACAGGGAGCCGGAUCGGAGGUUUAUUGCCCGAGCGGUGAGAAGUGCCCGCUAGCGAAUAGUCAGGUCCCAUGGGCCUUUAUGCAGGGUGAAAUAGCCACUAUUCUGGGCGAAGACGCCAACGGUACCGGGCUCAAGGUCAAAAAGGAAAGAGAAACUUAAAAAUUCUCUUUCGUGAAAUUGAUUCAGGGCUCAAAUUUUCUGUCACCCCUACACUUAGAGGGGCAAUUAUAUGGUUGGAACCGUGAAGGGUUUCGCCACAAUCUUUUGACGAUAAAGACUCGUUGGCGAGAUGCGAGAGCCAACGAACGACCCGAGCCAAAGACGAUGUCUGGUGUGAUACGGAUUCUUACAAAAUUGUUGACGACAGGGGAUUGAAG